CCAUGCACUGUACUCAAAACUGCUUUAGAGCAGGAGCCCAGUCAAUUUGAGUGUAAUCGUGGCCAAUCGUUCUCAGAGGUAGACAGCUAUUGUGUGGACGGUGACGUUAAUGAUGGUACAAACAAGAACAUAAAGAUUAUUGCACCUAUUCCCCCAGAAACACCACUCAGUUUACCCAAUACAGCACUAGAGCACGAGCAAAAUAAGUUUGGCUGUGAUCAGCCAUAUUCUUACUCUUACUGUGAGGACAGUGACAUUAAUGAUGGCACAAACAAUAACAUAAAUACUAUUACGUCUGCCCCCGAGACACUACGCACUUUACUUGACACUGUGCUUGAACAGGAACACAAAAGAUAUGACCAUUCGUUCUCAGAGAAAGACGGUUACUGUGAGGAUAAUGAUGCCUUCACAAUUUUAGCAAAUACGCCCAGCAGCUUCCUCAAGACUUCUGAAUCUGUCACGCUGACAGACAACGAAAAUGAUAUUGUUAGCACUCUUAAUUUAGAGGCCGGUAACAGCUCCGGGUCUGGGGACUCUGCUCAGGAGCAUAUCAGUGAUUACCUUGUUGGGAAGGAGUGCCAGCUGCACUUCUCCGCAGUAGAGGGAGAUCAGACAGCGGGAGUUUUUCAGCUCAAGGACGUAGACGUCACGAGCCAGGGCAGUUCUGCGGUGCUGUCUCCUUCUGUCUCCCCCCACACAGAUGGCCAGCACAGUCAACAUGCGCCGAUUUUUGGCGAGUCUAAAGUCUCAGAAUGUCCAUGUGACGUUUCUAUUAACAGACCUGAAUAUCCAGAGAUUCUCAGAGAGGAAGGCAUCUUGCCUGUGAAUUGUGCGCUCAAGGUCACCAAUGUUAGAGCAUUAGAAAGUCCAGAUACAGAUUUCUCUGACGAAUCUGCCCAAAGUAGUAAUUCUGCUGUCUGUCCAGAAUCCCUGCAGCCACAGAGCGGUAAGAUAGAGAUUUACCCGUUUACAGACGUCAGUGUCGGAAUGCUGUCAGUCACUAAUUUGGAGCCCAUUAUGGAGACCGAUCACACUCAGGAGAGCUCAUUUGUAAUGCAGAAAGAAAACAAUCUGGAAGUAAAACAGGAUAUUGCAUCAUCUGGACCUGAGGAGGACCGCAGCUUAACUACAGAUCCUGCCCACCGCUUGUUGCACAAUGGGUUUGCCACCCACAAGGACGAAAAUGGUGUUUCGUCUGUCAAAAGAGUUUGUUUUGUUACUGACAGACUGGAAGAUGGAAUCCACAUCACCCCUCUAGCAAAUGGGAAUAUUUCCAACUCUGUGUCUCCAGAUCAGGACUUCGUCAGCGAGAUCAGUGAAGUAGAAGAUAGCACUCAGUCGUACGUGGUACAAAACUGCUGUGGCCAGGUUCCAACGAAGAACAAGGAAACCAAGAGCAGCUCAGGAGGGAAAGGCUCAAGGUUCUCCAUGUUAAAGAGGAUACCCUCUUUCCGCAAAGCCAAGAGAGACCCUAAAGGUGGCAACAAGGUUGAGCCCGAGGCCAAGGUGUCUCCAGAGGAUGAGGAGGAGAGGAAGGAGGUAAAGUGUAACAGUUCCCCCAAACGUAACCGAGCCCACCCCUCCCUUCACAGAGCCCAUAUGUGUCAUAGUACGGAACACUUGAGGUAUUUUGAUCACACCAAUGACGAUAUCUUUGAGAAAGCCUUUGCUUUGACCUGGGAAAACAUGGAGAAGUGUGGACAGUCCAAAUCCAUGUCCAGUGCCAAGCAAGCAGGGCAGCACAACAGGUACGGGGACCUUCUGCACUUCAAGUCCUCUCCCAUGAUGGAUGGGUUUAGCCAGAAGAGGAGCAAGAGCAGCGAUAACUUGCGCCUGAAGCUAGCCAUGGCUCACAAGUCUUUUGCAAGCUUGUUUGAGAGCCGAUCUGGUGAGAAGGAGAACCAAAACGAAGAUAAAAAGACCUGGAAGAAGAUGAAGCCUAAAGAGACAGAUAUACUAAAGAGAACAUAUUCUGUUCCUGCGUCGGUUAGUAAGUUAAGUCAUAUCCAAGGUGACUUUAUCGCUCAGAAUGGACUGGAUCUCCAGGAAUCACUGGAGAAGAAUUUGAAAAGCACAUGGCACUCGGAUCCACUUAGCAAAAAGACUCCAUCACCCCCGGAUGCUGCAGGGACUGAACCUGAGAUGGAAUCUGAUGACAGCUUGAUGCUAAAUGGACUCUCUCCGGACUCUGAUCAAGCCUCAGUAGAUGCUUUUGAGGCUGAAGAAGACGAGGAUAGCUUUCAUACUCCCCUUCACCCCACUGUUUUUGCUCUUGCCAACCAGCUGUCUCCAUCCUGGGCCAGAUCUCUAGGUUCCUUUGAAAGCCUUGAUACACCGAUGAGGCCAAUGAGUCCUAAACCUCAAAGUCCUGGAAUGUGGACCCACCGGAGGAGCUUCCGUUAUCCUUCAAGGUCCGUAGCCUCUUCUCUCUGCUCUCUGGGUCAGGGCCAGAGUAUGGAGGGCCUCUCAGAUCGUCCUCAGAUGACAAACUCUUUCAGACCUAGAGCCCCACAACUAGCAUCGGCCCACUCCUUUGACUCCGAGUACUUACUUGAGGACAGCAGUUCAGAUAGCCAGUCCCAGACCAGCCUGGUUUCCACCAACUCCGGCAACGAAUCAGAGCAUGUGCGGGACGGCAGUAGAGCAGGAGUCCAGCAGGCCGAUAGGAGGCUACAGGGGACCUCCGGCGUGCUACGAAUGAGGCGUCGAGAACGGCGAGCUCCGAGGCCCGUCUCAGACAUUUGCGGCUGGACUUCACAUCUGAGAGACAUUGGAGAAGUGGUCGCAGACCCUCCGAAUAAGAGAGAGGGCACCAAAACACAGCAGCGCUCCUGCUCAGACGAGCUGCUCUCCGACCUCAGGAAGAGCAAGAAGACCCAGAGGAUGAAACUGACUGUGCAGAGGAGUCUCAGCCAGCUUAGCGCUUCACGUUCUGAGGAGCAUGAGAAAGCCCGAAUGAGACUUUCCCUCACGUCUCCAGAGCAGCUCUCCUCCACGUCUCUCAGAGAUCACUUCUUCUCCCAGAGCACCCCCACCGGCCUGGACUGCCUCGGCUGGCCACGCCACGUCUCCCUCUCAGCGUUGGUCAUCACUGAUGGACCGCAGGAUAAGUCCGGCCUUGGAGAUGAAGUGGGCAGCGAGGACGAUCUUUACAACGAGUUCCGCAGCUCGGCCAAUCGCUUCGGCCAUCCAGGAGGAGGAGGAGGAGAGCAGCUGGCCAUAAACGAGCUGAUCAGUGAUGGCAGUGUUUGUGCCGAGGCUCUGUGGGACCACGUCACCAUGGACGACCAGGAGCUGGGCUUCAAGGCCGGUGAUGUCAUCGAAGUAGUGGACGCCACCAAUAAGGAGUGGUGGUGGGGCCGAGUGCUGGACAGCGAGGGCUGGUUCCCCGCCAGCUUCGUCCGGUUACGUGUGAACCAGGAUGAGCCGAUGGACGAUUAUCUGGCGCAGCUGGAGGGAGCUCCAGAAGGGGGCGCCGGCGUGUGCCGCUCGCUGGGACCCGGCCUACCCUGCAAAGAGCAGAUGAGGGCCAACGUCAUCAACGAGAUCAUGAGCACAGAGAGGGACUACAUCAAACACCUGAAGGACAUCUGUGAGGGCUAUAUCAAACAGUGCCGCAAACGAACCGACAUGUUCACGGAGGAGCAGCUGCGGACGAUCUUCGGGAACAUCGACGAGCUCUACCGCUUCCAGAAGAAGUUUCUGAAAGGCCUGGAGAAAAAAUUCAACAAAGAACAACCUCAUCUCAGCGAGAUCGGCUCCUGCUUCCUAGAGAACCAAACAGAGUUCCAGAUCUACUCGGAAUAUUGCAACAACCACCCCAACGCCUGCGUGCAGCUCUCCAAACUGAUGAAGAUAAAGAAAUACGUGUUCUUCUUCGAGGCCUGUCGUCUGCUCCAGAAGAUGAUCGACAUCUCUCUGGACGGCUUCCUCCUCACGCCCGUUCAGAAGAUCUGUAAAUACCCUCUGCAGCUGGCGGAGCUGCUCAAAUACACCAACCCUCAGCACAGAGAUUAUAAGGACGUGGAGGCUGCUUUAAACGCCAUGAAGAACGUGGCCAGGCUGAUCAACGAGAGGAAGCGCCGUCUGGAGAACAUCGAUAAGAUCGCCCAGUGGCAGAGCUCCAUAGAGGACUGGGAGGGUGAAGAUGUCCUCAGCAGGAGUUCUGACCUGAUCUUCUCAGGAGAUCUCACUAAGAUCUCUCAGCCUCAGGCGAAGGGCCAGCAGCGCAUGUUCUUCCUCUUCGAUCAUCAGCUGGUCUUCUGCAAGAAAGAUCUGCUGCGGCGGGACAUUUUGUACUACAAGGGUCGUCUGGACAUGGAUGAGAUGGAGGUGCUGGACGUGGAGGACGGUAAAGAUAAAGACCUGAACGUGAGUGUGAAGAACGCGGUGAAGCUCGUCACUCCAGGCAGAGAGGAGAUCCACCUGCUGUGUGCCAAAAAACCUGAGCUGAAACAGCGGUGGCUGCGAGCCUUCAGGGACGAGAGGGAGCAGGUCCAGCAUGACCUGGACACAGGGUUUUCCAUCACAGAAGUGCAGAAGAAGCAGGCCAUGCAGAACGCAUCCAAAAGCCAUCCUGCUGGGAAACCCAAAGCUGUGACGAGGCCCUAUUACGACUUGUUGUUGCGUCAGAAACACCCGGCGCUGCCCGCCUCACUGCCCCAGCAGCAGGUCAUCAUGCUGGCCGAACCCAAACGCAAAACCUCCAACUUCUGGCACAACAUCGGACGCUUGACGCCGUUCAAAAAAUGAGGGACCCCCACCAGAGACUCGAGCUUGUGCCUAAAUUUGUGUUUUUAUCCUCUUUUGUUAAAUAUAACAUGUUUUUCUUUGUUUUUCAAUCGAAAAGCACUUUAUGGGUUGAUUACGAUACAAUCACACCACGGCUCCCGGACUGACGAUCAGGGAGCCGCAUCCACGCUUCUUUUUGGGCAGCAGCACUCGGACAGUGGCUACUUCUGCUUGACCGCUACAGCUAAACCUGCUAGAACUGCUAAAACUGCACUCGAAUGGCACUAAUGCGACUACUGCUGCAGGUCAUCGCGCUUUCGGUCCAGAUUCUCUUCUGAAAAAAAAAAAAGGAUUUCUGUUCUCCAAAAACAUUGUUUUAUUAUUUAUUUUCAACUCUCCAAUGUAUGCCAGCUCCACAGUGCCCGACAAACUAGCAUUUUUAUAUGUAAUUUAAUACUUCGUGUGAUCUGUAACGAUGUUUUAAAGUUUUCCAAAAGGGUUCUGCACAACGUUCUCCUGGACAAAGCAGACUGUCUUGACCAGGUUUGAUUUAUUACUGUAAUAUUUUCCUUUUUUUUCAGGUGAAUCUGCUGAUUUUGUUUGUGUAUGCAUUUAUUCAGAAUAUCACAAAUACUCCUUGUAAAGGCUCCAAGUCACAUUUAGCGACACUCUCUUCAGUCUUUGUGGUUUCAAAUCAGCGUUUCCCGCAUUUCUACUCAUCUGGCCUUCCUGCCUACGAACCUCCUCCGUAACGAACUUCUCUUCUGAAGUGCCACUCAGUACGUAACCCAGACGUUGUGAUGGGGUCGCAUGAAUUGCUGUGAAACUUGACAUUACUGGACAUUGUCAACCCAAACCAGACGUCCGAACACUCAGUCGUUCUGAUAGCUAAUUGUAAAAAUGAAUAAAAGUAUGUUUGACAGUCG